AUGAUGGAGGGCUCUCUUAGUAAAUGGACCAAUGUUAUGAAAGGAUGGCAGUACCGUUGGUUCGUGCUCGACGAGAAUGCUGGUCUCCUUUCUUAUUAUACGUCAAAAGAGAAGAUGACAAGAGGCGUGAGACGUGGCUGCGUGAGACUCCGAGCGGCUGUCAUCGGUAUAGAUGAUGAAGAUGAUUCAACAUUCACGAUUACCGUCGAUCACAAGACUUUUCACUUUCAGGCGAGAGACGGCGCUGAACGCGAGCGUUGGGUGAGAGCAUUAGAAGACACUAUAUUGAGGCAUGGUAGACGAGAGAGAUGGUCCCGAUGCGUGCCGGCCCCUAGACACAGACACGGCGACUUGGAGAGGCGCAUAGCUGAGGCCGACGCGUAUCUACAGAUCAUGAUUGAACUCGUAUCUAAAAUGAACACAAGGGUAUCGGAAUUAUCAGACCCUCAAGAGAAGGGUAAAGGACAAAUUAUUCUAGAUCAUUCUAAUGCAAUGCUGGACAACAUCAAACAUUCCAUCGUGCUACUACAAAUAGCAAAGAACACCGUGAAUCCAGUCAACGGAAUUUACCAGGGACCAACGAAUCCUUCGCAAACACAUAUCAAACAAAGUGGGGAGAUGUCACCACGUGUGGAAAUAGGUUCGGAAUGCAGAGAGCUGGCAACACCGACACACGACAUGCCGGCCUUAGAGGAUAUAGACACGGCGCGACCCGCCAUGUCCUUACUGGUGCCUGACACGUCGUAUUCUUCGUCGGAAGGCGAAGACGACUUCUACGACGCUGAUGAUGAACCGGCCACUUCCAUUCAACCAGGUUCCAGCGUUAGCAGGAAUCAUCCGGCGGAGGGUACGCCCGAGCAAGACUCGGCGCAGCCCGCGACCGUCGACCUGCCUCGCACUAGAGAUGGAGAGAUCGACUAUGAUGCUCUCUACGAGGACGAAUCGGACAGUGACCUCGGAUCGAUGGAGAACCACGGCUCGGUUGUCACGCAUCUCCUGUCGCAGGUCAAGAUCGGAAUGGAUCUCACGAAGGUUGUGCUCCCGACUUUUAUACUGGAAAGACGAUCGCUGUUGGAAAUGUACGCGGAUUCGUUCGCUCAUCCCGACCAAUUUAUAAAGAUAGUAGAGCUGCCGACGCCGCGCGAGAGAAUGGUGCAAGUGAUCCGCUGGUACCUGAGCUCGUAUCACGCCGGUCGCAAGUCGCAAGUCGCCAAGAAACCCUACAACCCCAUACUGGGGGAGGUGUUCCGCUGUCACUGGGACCUGGACGGGGCACUCGAUAACCCCAAUGAUAAGCAAGAGGUAGGGGACGGUCCGGUGCCGUGGUGCAGUCCGGACCAGCUGUCGUUCGUAGCCGAGCAAGUGUCCCACCAUCCCCCCAUAUCGGCCUUCUACGCGGAGCACGUCAACAAACGCAUCCAGUUCGAGGCCUGGGUGUGGACGAAGAGCAAGUUCCUCGGCCUGUCCAUAGGAGUCCACAACAUCGGGAAGGGCACGGUCACGCUCAUCGAUCUCGGAGAGGAGUACACUUUGACAUUCCCCAAUGGUUACGGCAGAUCAAUAUUAACGGUACCGUGGAUCGAACUGGGUGGCUCUGUGGUCAUCGAGUGCGUGCAAACGGGCCACAAAGCCAACAUAGAGUUCCUAACGAAGCCAUUCUACGGCGGCAAGAAGCACAGAGUCACCUGCGAGAUAUUCGCCGGCGCCGAGAAGAAGCCGUACUACACCGCGCAGGGCGAGUGGAACACCAGGAUGGAUGGGAGGUGGACCGACUCAGGGCGGUCGGAGAUCCUGUUCGAAGUGAGCAACAUGAAGCCGCGGCGCAAGCGCGUGGCGCCCGUGAGCCGGCAGCUGCCGCACGAGUCGCGCCGCGUGUGGCGCCACGUCACGUGCGCCCUGCGCGCCGCCGACUGCGACGCCGCCACGCUCGCCAAGCGACACGUGGAGCAGGCGCAGCGGGACGCCGUCAAGCACCGCGAGGCCAGCGGGGAGAAGUGGCAGACGCAGCUUUUCAGUCCCAGGAUCGAAGAAGGCUGGGAGUACAAGUCGCCUCUUAAGAACCGUAACGUGCCCUGCAAAUCGCCCCAACACAAGCACUCUGAGAACGACAACACGAGAUAAUCGUAUCAAAGUAGAAGAAGAGACUUUAUUUAUAUCAACACUAAGGUAGUGAUUCCUGUCACGGCUAAACCGGUCCCUUUAGUGCAGGCACGUAGCCGAAUCCAUGGGUAAUGUUGCUAGAUUAAAUAAAACGGGAAGUUAAUAGUCGUAGUAACUUUUUGAAAAUUGAUAUACUUUUUUUUUAAAUCGGAUUUAAUUUCCAGUAAAAUGUAUGUAGAAGAUAAUAUUCUUUGUUGUUCGUUAACUUCAUAGACAACGUGGCGUCUCGGGCAAGUCGUUAUGCAUCUUGAAAUGUCCAUGUUUCCAUUUUUGAUUGUGUAUAAAACCACUUUUAUGCUGUUAGCACACACACGAUCGGUAUAUUUUUUUAUUUUUUUUGAACUAAAUUUCAAUUUUGGUCAGUGCUAUAGAAAAAACAAAUUAAAAACUCACUUGAACCUUUCAGUCUAAAUCCAUCUUAAAAUAACAUUGUAAUAAAUCUGAGAGAGAGUUACGUGCCUGUGUAUAAUUAUAGGUCGUAGAAUGUUUAUAGCGGUUCGGUUGAUAGACUAUACGAAUAAAUGCUUCUGUUUAGUAAAUAUUGGUCAAAUGAAAAUAAGUACCAAUACAAAAUUAAUACUCGAUUUCUUGCCAAUUUGACAAGAGUCCCAACAGAAGAAUAUCUGUAUUGUUACUUCAAUAGUUCGGUAGCGCGUCUGUCGCCCAGAAGUAUGAACUUAAAAAUUUAAGAAAGGAAAAGGCAUAAACAGGAGCAUUAAACUCAUCUUAGUAAAAGGAUCGGCUGUUCCCGCAUAUGGACGCCAUCUUGUUAAAGAGAUUUUCAAACAAAAUGGCGCACGUCUAGAUGUUAAUAAACACGACCACGUUACAUGUUUAAUAGGUUAAGGUUAUUUAAAAAUAUUGUGUAGAUAAAACUUAAAGAAAUGUUGUACAAAAGUUGUAUGAGUUUUUUUUUUGUUUACAUUUUUUGUUCAUAAUUGAUUAGCAUCUUUGGAAAGAUUUUUUUUUACUUUUUGCGAAUACAGCAUUCAAUUUUUAGUGGGUUUGUUGUGAGGACAUGAGUAGAUGUUAUACUUUUAAAUUUAUGGACAUAAUUUGACAUGUACUUGGUUCAACAAAUAUCUAUACCUCAAUCUUAUUACAAAAGUACUCGUGAUUAAUGUAGUUAUCAUAAAUGUCAACUGUCAAACUGACAGUACGAAUCUUGUUGUAUAGAGAUGAAAUGUUAUCUAAAUUUACUGCUUAACGGCCUAUAAUAAAUAGUUUGUAAUGGCAGAAAUGGCAUGAUUGUUAGCGAUAACGCCAUAAAUAUAUGUAAAUAAAUACAUGUGGGAGCGAAAAAAACAUACAUGUGGGAGCUACAAAAAAGCUUGUUUGAACACACGCUUAAAGCACUCUGGUAAUAGAGAGAGAGAAAGCUGCAGAAUGGACGUUGUAGUUUUUUUUUUCAAGGUAAAGUACUCGUUAAUAAUGUUUUGUACUUAACACGAUCAACACAAUGGCCGUUAGACUUUCAGAUGACUAUUCUAAAACAAUGAAAAUUAAUUGUGAUAUCUUAUAUCUUAGGACUCUCGGUAUAAACUUUGCUGAAACACGAGAGGUGAUGAUAUUGGUUCGUUUUUAUAGAACCAGAAAUAUUAAAUUCAAUAUCCCUUUGCUCGGACGAAAUAGGAUUCCAAGGCAAAGGGAAUAAAUAGGCAGGCACCUCUUAAUACAAAUUGUCGAAAAUAUUGUAGAAUAUAUUAAGUAACACGAAUUUUGUUUGUAAGUUACCUACUUUAACGAAACUUAAAAAAAAAAAAAUUAUCGUAUGUAGUUCAGAACGAAAACAGAAGUUACUUACUAUAUCAUAUCUCUUAAUAUAUUUAAGAAAAAAAAAAUAGAUUUUUCACAUCCUUUUUCUACUCUAUACAAUAAUACUAUCGAAAACGUUUGGAACUAAUCUAAAGGCGAUAUUCGUACCAAUACUUCAUCCUAUUGGCCCAACAUCAAUUCUGGAUAUUGGCAACGUUGGUGAUAUCUGUCAAAAUAAGGACUACAGAAUAUGAAUGAAAAUGAUCCCUUUAUUAAAUACAAUGAUAUGAUUAAACACGGCAUGUCGUAUUUACAAUUUCGAUAAUCGUAUUAACACAUAUAAAAUCUUCACAAUACAGAAAUGUUAUAUUUAAAAAAUGAUCAUGAAAUUUCGGUAAAUAAAUGAUCGUUUAAGGGCUCGCAAUGGUUGAUUGAUAUUGAUACUUUUAGGAUUCAAAUCAAAGCCACGUAUAUUAAUUAGGUCCAUGUAGCACUUCGUUAUAGUGAAAAGACUGAAUGAGUGAACGAAAAUGGGUGUACUGUGAAAACUGGCGUGAAGUGAAUUGCAGAAUUUAAUUAUUAUUAUUAUUCUAUCACAUAGACUUAUUCGAUUGAAUAGUUUUAAAACCAUGUUGUAUAUUUAAAUAAAAAAUUAUUACGUAA